AUGAAAUCUAUUAUUGAAACAGCAAUAAAAUAUACUUUAGUAACUGGUAUAGUCAAUGAAUAGCUUGAAAAUCAAAUUUGCAGGAUAUUUAUAAAGUUGUAAAAAAAAAGUUCCUCAUACACAGCUUAUCAAGAUGGUAUAAAAACUUGCUUAAUUUUAAAGUAGUAAGGGAGCUAAUCAUUGUUAUUGAGGAGUAGAUGCAAAAUGUAAAAAUAAAACAUGCAGUGAUAAAAUUAAUAAAAAAAUGAUGCAGUUUAUACAGCCUUUUACUCUAAUAGGUGAGUUACAAAAAGAAAAUUAUAAAUUAUGAAGCCUUCAUUAUUUAAGUAUCAUAUGAAAAAAAAUGUUUAAAAUUGCCUGAAAAUUUAGAUGCUGAUAAAUGCACAAAAUAUCGAACCCUUUUUAUGAAAAGACUAAUUACUACAAAUCAAAAACUUGAAUAGAUAAAAAUGAGGAC